CUUGAAGGGUCGGAACAAAAAGGCGGUAGUUGUAAACAUUCCGAAGAAUGAGUAUAUCUCUUCUUUUCGACGAGGAGGCGUAUGAGAAGAUUUCUGAAGUUAAAAAACCAAUAUUUGUAUUUGACUGGCUGUGUUCACUGGAAAAACGAUUAGUGGCAGAAAAUAGACAGGCUAUCAAGGAAUGCCAAGAAGAUCUUGUGCAACAACUGUUGUCUCACCUGACGCAUGCCCCUGGACGUCCAACACACAAGCUUUUGGGCCGUUGUUUCGCUAACCUAUUUUUAGUGGGAGACUCGCUUUUGCUUUAUACAGCAGUGAACACAUGUAACGCGCUUCUAAAAUCCCGAGAUGAUGGACUUGCUUGCAUCAAUAGUCGUCUAGCUGCAUUAAGCUGCCUCGGAGCCAUAUACAAACGCCUUGGACGUAUGAUAGGUCGGUCUUUUGAAGACAGCGUUAUCAUAAUGGUGAAGCUGAUCAAGCAGUCUGAGUCACUAGUUCGAUGUGAAAUUAUGAACACAUUGUGCAGUUUGGUUGAAGGUGUUGGUUCAGCUAGUAUUGUGUGUCACAAAGAAAUAUAUAAAGCAGUGAAAAUCUGCAUGACGGAUCGAGUACUCUAUGUGCGUGUUGCUGCAGUGAAAUGUCUUUACUUCCUGGUUGACCAUUCUCAUUCAAUUCAUACCAACGCAUUAGAAGCUACUGUAAGUUUGUGUUUGCGAUGUAUGGAUGGAUCCAAUUAUACAACUCGACUUGAGACCGCACGUACUUUGGGUCAUUUGUUAGCAAAAACUCAGCGUAAAAGGGUUGCAGAUACAGGAUCUGAUGCAUCCAGCAGUGGAACAGUUGGGACGUCUAAUAAUUCGCGGAGUAAACCUAUCCCACUUACAGAUGCAUUGUCAUUAUUGUCGUCAGGAUUUUUGAAAGGUCCAGGUGGGUUUUUAAAAGGUACCAGUGCUACUGAUAUGAUUAAAGGAACUAGUCCAGUUAAUCGAGAAGUUCGUGUUGGUGUAACGUAUGCUUACAUCGAAUUUAUUGUUGAAAUGGGGCCGUUAUGGUUUGAAACUAAUCUGUCAACUAUACUGACACAUUUAGUGAAUCUUUUAUUAGUUCCACGUGCUACACCAACACAUGUCGAGGCUAUAUAUGCACGUCAAUGUAUACAAUAUCUAUUGGGUACUGUAUUUCGACACUUAUUGUCUGAAUCAAUUCAAUUAGUUGCGAUUAGUGAAUUGAUAAAGAUAUUAAUAUAUCAUUUACAAUAUUUACAAAAUCUUCAUGUGAAUGAAUAUUCAAUGAACGACGGUGAUGUGUUUCAACAGAUAUUCUCUUCAUCCUCUUCUUCCGUAACACCUACUCUUAAUAAUAAUGGUAAUACAAACGAACCAUCAGAUUCGUUACCGAAUGAUAUUUUCAAUGAGACUGGUAUCAACGUAACACAUGGGGAUAAUCAGGCAACUAGUAAUGUAUAUAAUUUGGAUAGUGUUGUGGAACCGGAUAGUGGAAAAGUGAAACGUGGAAUUAGGCGUCAAGUAGCAACAGCGACAAUAACGACAACAGCUACUACGGGUGGUAGCAGUUCCCGUUCGAAUCGCGAACAACAACAUCAGCACUUAGUUAUUUGUGUGUUAGAUAUAAUUAGUCAAUUAAUUCGUUGGUUAGAUUCACUAGUUGUUCAACUUUUGGAUCAACCCACUCAACUAACUGAUGUACUAUGCACAUGUUUAUCACAUCCAGUACAGGCGGUUCGUUUGGCAGCUGCAUCGUGUUUAAGGCAGUUAGUAAUUGUUGUACCAAGCCAACGCAUCCCUUUAUUAAAUAAAUGUUUACAUUGUUUGCAACAAUCUCAUAGAUAUAGUGCUGAAACACUUUUAGGCGUUACUUUUGGCAUAACUGGACUUCUAGCUGGAGUUAAUUAUUCUAUUCUUGGUUUGCCGAAUAAUGUACCAGAUCAAUUGUUUAGUUUAGCUGAAGAGCUUCUACGUGCGGCCAAUCAAAAUAGCCGAUUCGCACUGGCUCGUACUCAGAGUGGUUGGAGUUUAUUAGCUGCUUGUAUAACUCUUGGACCAAAUGUUGUCAAGCCUCAUUUACCUAGAAUGUUGUUGCUUUGGCGUAAUGCAUUUCCGCGCAGUUUACGUGAGCUGGAAGCGGAGAAACAGCGCGGUGACGCUUUUACUUGGCAGAUUAUGCUGGAAUCCAGAUCGGGUGCAUUAUGCUCUAUACAAAGCUUUUUAGAAUAUUGUUCACCACAAUUACUUACUGAAGAUAUAAUUCAUCGUCUUUUACCGCUUAUUGAAUGUGCAUUAAAUAUGCUUGGACAAAUGAAUGAUAUUGUUCGAAUUUAUGGAAAUCACUUAAAAAUAAUAGCUGGUUUUAUUCGAUUACGACUGUAUCGAAUUUUACUUUUACUACCAUCUACAGCAUACACUAGUUCUUAUAGUACAGUUUUACGUGAAUUAGUAGCUGAAUUCACGUUAACUGAUAAUGUAGCAAAUGUAACAACAUCUUUAUUGAAGUCUUUAAGUUGUUCUGAAGACAGUAUCACACUUGGAUCAUGCUUACAGGAUACAGAUCAAAGAUUAUUAGAGGAACAAUUACAAUCGACUAUAUUAAACAAUUCACCUAGGGCAUUAGAACAUGAUCCUUCUUACCUAUAUCUACAUGAUGGUGUUAAUAAUUUACUGGCUACUGAUGUUACCUUGACAAAUAUAUCGAAUACUGAAGAUGAGAAUGAUGAAAAUCUAUCAUUGACAGCUGGAACACUGUUUCAUGGCCCAUCACAUACUUUACUAAAUAAUAACGGUACUUUUACCACUUCUAAAUUCUACAGUAUUAAUUCUACCUCAAAUACUAAUACUAAUAAUUUAUCAUGUGGACAUAAUCUUGGAAAUUUUACUAAUUCCACGCUUUCAUGUGCAUUACAAUUAACUGGACCCAUACCUGUUAGUGUUACUGUAAUAGAUGCAUCAAUUGAAUUGUUUGGUCGUUUAUUUGCUUGUGUUUCUAUUCGUCAUCGUACGCAAAUGUUAGAACAUUUUACUGAAUGUAUUCGUCUUACAAAAUCAAUACGCCAAGAAGCUGUACAAAUUAAUGUUUUCGCUGCUUUAUUAAGUGCAUUAAGACAUUUAGCUGAAACAAAAUCUACAUUCGGUGAUGAUCCAGCGUUAAGAAAAGCUGCUACAAACUUAAUUUUUGCUACUUUGACCAGUCCAAGUGUUCUACUACGUUGUGUGGCUGGUGAAUGUCUUGGAAGGCUUGCACAAGUUGUUGGCGAAUCUGGAUUUUUAGCAGAAUUAGCUCAACAAAUUUUUGAACGUUUGCGUGCUAUUCGCAAUCCGAUUGCAAGAGCUGGUCAUUGUUUAGCUAUUGGUUGUUUACAUAGUUAUGUCGGUGGUUUGGCGUCUGGACAACAUCUAAGUUCAAGUGUCGGUGUACUAUUAGCUAUUGCACAAGAUUCCAGUGUGCCCGAAGUACAAGUUUGGGCAUUACAUGCUCUUGCACUAGUUGCGGAAUCAGGUGGCCCAAUAUUUAGAGAAUAUAUUGAACCAAGUUUAAACUUAGUACUUCAGCUAUUAUUGAAAUCACCAAGCGCUAUGCAUGAAAUUCAAAGAAGUCUUGGUCGUUUAUUUGCUGCGUUAAUUACUACUUUGGGACCUGAAUUACGUGGUACAAGCGCUGGUAUAACGUCUGUUCGACAUUCAUGUUUAUUAUGUUGUAUGAUUAUGCGUGAUUCACCGGAUGCUCUACUACAAGCUGAAGGUAUAGCCUGUCUACAACAAUUGCAUAUGUUUGCUCCAAUGCAUGUUAAGUUAGCUGGUCUGGUUCCUGAAUUACAAACCAGUGUGUCCAGUUUCCAUUUGGUCUUAAGACGUGCAGCAUUAUCAUGUUUACGACAAUUAAGUCAAAAAGAGGCUAAGGAUUUGUAUGGUUGUAUGACACUAGGAGGUUUGUUAGAAGAGAAACCUUCUCCUGUUCUCUCUUCAUUUUCUGCUAUCUCCAAUAAAAAUGAUAUGAAUCGUUUUUCGAAAUCAACAACUAGUGAGAAAUUAGAAAAAAAGUUAUUUAGUUUACUUGAUGUUGAAAUGGACUAUCAACUACGCCGAGACAUUGAAGAUACACUUAUUGGAAUGUUGGAAGCAACUGGUACCUCACAACUUUCGUAUUGGUUUACAUUAUUGAAAGAAGUAUUAUUGGUUUCCACCUCACUGAAAACUGAUUUGACCAGUGACAGUAAUAUUGUUAUCAGAAAUUCUAUACAAAAAUCAUCCAGUACGAACGAAUCAAACUCUAUUGGGGGAGAUAAACUAUCUUCCAUUAAUAACGAUGAUGUAGAUAUAAUGACUGUGUCUGAACGAAAUAGUCGUGUAGACGAAGAAAACAUUAGUGGUUCUAUUCAACCAGAAGAUAAUGAAUAUGAGGAUGUUGACAUUAAUUUUAAACCAAAACAAUCUAAUCAAGAAAUUAAUCAGUUAUUCACUGUCAAAAUUAGGGCCAGAUGCUCAACACGAAUUUUUGCAAUCAGUUGUUUGCGUAUCCUGAUAUCUAACUGUGCCAGAUUGUGCAAUACAACAUUUGUAAAUGAUUCUCUUCCGUAUAUGAAAACAUCUGUAAAUGAUGAUGAUACUACUGAUGAUUCGUUAAUAAAUUCAAAGUCACUCGCUCAUUUUGAUUUGGCUAAAGCUAGAAUCCUACGUUCUCAAUCGGGAAAAUCCGAUUGGCUUAUUCUGUACCUGUCUGAUUUAAUUCGUGUAGCUUUCAUGUCAGCCACAUCGGAUAGUGAACGACUUCGUAUCACAGGUUUAAAACUUAUGCAAGAUGUUAUUCAAAGAUUUUCCCUAGUACCAGAUCCAGACUAUCCAGAUCAUGUUAUUUUGGAACAGUAUCAAGCUCAAGUUUCAGCUGCACUACGACCAGCGUUUAUGAAUAGUUCAUUGUUAAAUUCAUUCGACAAUAUAACAGUUGCACAAUCUUCAACUACCAAUAAUUCCGUAUUAUCUGGUCCAGUUCAACCUAAUCCAGAACUGCUAUCUAUAGCAUGUCAAGUGUGCAGUACAUGGCUUACUUCUGGCGUUGGUCGUGAUCCAGAAGAUUUACGUCGUGUACAAGACCUUCUAAGACAAGCAUUUGAUAAAUUAAAACUUAACAUAUGCACUGAAAAUCACUCAUCCAAUGUGUCUGCACAAACUCAACGAGUAGAACCAUCCCAAUCGAUAUCGGAAAAUUCUGCAAUAGUUGAGAAACUAUCUGUUUUAGCUGCUUGGGCUAAAGUUUACAUUUUGACAGCUGGGCAUAGUAAGAAAUGGGAAAAUAAAUUACACCAAAAACAACAACACCUGAUCACUAGUCAAUCGUCUCAGGUCUUAGAUGAUGAACAAUUGAUGGAUGAUGAAUCAGAUGAUAUGAUGAAUGAUGAAAGUGAAAAUGACAAUGAUUCCGACUACAAUAUGAUCAUUAAAGGAAUAUCAAUAGAAGAUAUCACAUUAUUCGUUUGUAAACCUGCUCCUUACCUUCAGUCGAGUAGUUGUUCUGCCGCAUCAAGUAAAUUUAUCUACCAUUUAUUAUCGAAAUGGAUUCAACCGAUUCUCCCAAAUUUAAGUAAUGCUUGGUUAGAUGCACUAAAAAAUUAUGCAUAUAUGUGUCUACCAGAUAAUUUGUCAACUCAACACUCAUCUAUCUUACUAUUCAAUGUCAAUAAUAAUUCUAUUAAUCAUAAUCUUGAUCUAAUACGUGGAUAUUAUGCACGUUAUUGGCCUUGUAUGACAUAUGCAUUAGCUUUAUGGUUAACUAAUAAUGAAUUAUGUGUCGAAGAGAUUGAUACAAAUUUAUCAAAGAAUGAAAUGUCCAAAUCAGCUCGACAAUUCUUUUUAAUUCUAGGUAUGUGUGCAGAAGCUAUGUGUAAUCCAACGUCCAAACAACCAAUAUCCAUUAUUCAUACAUGUUUGCGUUGUAUUCUAUGCCUAUUGAGUAAGCCGAAAUUUCGUGCUUAUCUGAUGCAAUCAUCAACAGAAAUAUCUAUUGAACUAUUACAAAUAUUACAUCGACUUAUACUUACUCGUGAUUGUGUAGAAACACAUUUACUAUGCUUAGCCAAUGUGAUUCAUAUCAUGAUUGCUAGUAAUGAACGUUUAAUUAAAGAACGUGAUAAUUGGUUAACUAAAGGUAAGGUUAAGAUGAAAGAAUAAUAACUUUUUUCUUUACACUAAUUUUAGAGUAAUUUCAUUGCAUCAUUUUAUAAGAAGUUGGCAUUAUAUAGGUGGUAGAUUGAGGUUGUUUAGGUAUGAGAAGUAACUGUACUUAAGAUGGAACGGUAAAUGAAACCAUAGAGAUAAUAAACGGUAUUGAUGGAAGUCGAAUACAUACAUCUUCAGCGUACACUUCCUUGUCCAUGUCAGAA